AUGAAAAAGGAUCUUGCUAACAUACCGUUUUUACAUACUGUUACAGGUGUCUGGUUCAAAAGAGAAGGAGAAUCUAAAUCAAUGAACGUUCGUGAAGAAUUCAGAGACAAGGAGAUAUUUAUUAAUUCAUUUAUCGAAAGUUUAAAACAAGAAGAGCGGGUAGUUCGUGGUAUAAAUGUUACAAGAAGAUUUCGUAGGUACCAAGAGGUUAUAGAGCUGCGUAAAUCAGCAGAAUUAACCUGGCAUGAUACUAUAAGUUGUUGUCGCAAACACAAAGCCGAUGAGAUGGACGAUGAUGAACGUGGCGUGGAUAAGGUGUUUGGGAUUGUCACUGAUGCGGAAAAAUGGUACUUUAUGUCAUGUACACUUGAUGAGAAGGGAAAGCCGUCAUUUGGGCUAUCGAAGCCAAUUUCUGUCCCCUAUAAUAACAAUGGGGAUAUGCAAAUUAAUGUAGAAAAGGUUCUUGGCCAUAUUGCAUGGCUGUUAAAAGAAACACAGAAGCCGAUCAAGGUAUCACCGAAUGGAGGGGAACAAAGAGUACUAAAGAAGCAUAAGCCAUCAUGUAAUCUUAAAAACACACAAAGCUAA